CACUGUCUGAGACUGAUGGGAGUUGGAGUCCAAUAGAACUUGGAGGCCCGCAGCUUCGCCGUCUCUGCUUCUGGGGCGAGGCAGUAGCUGAGUGAUUGGAGAAGGUCCAUAGCUGAGCAUCUGGAAAAGGCAGGACUCAGGGAGACGGAGCUCGGAGGGAGGAAUACUGCCACGGUGGCGGAGAGGGAAGCGGACCCGAUUCCUGCAUCGCAGGGGGUUGGACUGAAUGACCCUCGGUGCCCUUUCCAACUCUACCAUUUUACGAUCGUAUACGCAAAGGCGGCGAGUUUGCUGUUGCCGUUCGUUGCGCGCAUUAGCCGCGUGCAGCGUGCAUAAUACUCGUGUCCCGAGCUUGUUUCCUGCGAUUACAAGCGAGGAAGAGGAGGGACGGCAGGUGACAAAGGGCGCCUCAGUGCAGCUUGCCCAGCUGACAGUCCCAAGACGUCGCCUUCUGACAGAGGAGAGGAGGGCUGCCGUGGCAAAACGGCGCGAUAAAUACCAGAUGGCCGGCGCGCAAGCAGCCCUGCACCAGGCGCAGCCCUGACGCCGCGGGCGAGCCGUCCACUCCACUCCUUUGCGCAAGGCGCGCCGCAGCUCAGCUCCGCAGUAAAGCAGCCCUCCUCUGGACCCCGCUGCCCUUCCACCUCUGCAAAAGGUGGGGACCCAAAGUCUCCUGCAGAAACCUCCGCUCCCAGCGUCGUCGGGGCCCUCUCCAGAUACCCUUAGAUCUCCCCUUGGGCAUGCACCAGCGCGCUGCCCUUGCAAACGCCGCCGCCGCAGCUUUGCCAGGCACUUUGGCGCAGCCUUAGAAAAUCUCCCUCGUAAAUUCCCCCUCGAAGCCUGGGCUGUGCCGUCGGUUGCGCCCCUGCGCCCCUCCUCCGAAGCGCCUCGCACGUGCUGCGCCAUGGAGCGCCCGCGGCUGGAGGCGCAGUGCUACCGAAACGGGGACUGCCACCCCGGACGCCUCCUCGGGGGCUUGAGCGAGCUGGCGGCUGGCAGCAACCCCUGCGAGAUCCGCAAGCCGGCGGCGAAACUCACGCGCCCGCCGUCGGACAAAGGUAGCCGGGCCCGGGAAGGCGAGGAGCGGGAAGAGAGGGACGGGCUGCCUGCCCUGGAGGAUGCGUACACCACCAUCCUGGAGGGCCUGGGCGAGGACCCCACCCGGGAAGGGCUGCUGCUCACGCCCCGUCGGGCCGCCAAGGCCAUGCAGUUCCUCACCAAGGGCUACCGCGAAACCGUCGGAGACAUACUCAACGAUGCAGUUUUUGACGAAGACCAUGACGAGAUGGUGAUCGUGAAGGACAUUGAUAUGUUUUCCCUCUGCGAACAUCACUUGGUACCUUUCUUCGGCAAGGUGCACAUUGGAUACUUACCGAGGAAGAAAGUGGUUGGCUUAAGCAAACUUGCAAGAAUCGUUGAAAUAUUCAGCCGAAGGCUUCAAGUCCAGGAGCGGCUUACCAAGCAGAUUGCCCUGGCAAUUACAGAAGCCCUGAAGCCUGUUGGCGUGGCUGUGGUCAUUGAAGCAUCGCACAUGUGCAUGAUCAUGAGGGGAGUUCAGAAGAUGAGCAGCAAAACUGUUACGAGCGCCAUGCUUGGAGUCCUGCGGGAAGAUCCCAAAACCAGGGAGGAGUUUCUCGCCUUGAUCAAGAAUUAAACGACAGCAGCUUGCGGCUCUCUGUGGGUUUGGAUCCCACACUCGAAACCAGUUGCCAAGACAUAAUUGCCUUCUGUGAGCCAGAAUCUGUGCCAUAAAAGAAGAGGAAGAAGAAGA